UCUUUAGUUCUUUAGUUCUUAUAGGCCUUAUAUAACACCUUGCGUACACAAGGUCCAGUACUAGUUCAAUAUGGCUUCGGGAAAAAGAAUAGCUAUCAUUGGUUGCGGUGCGAGCGGGUUGGCUGCUAUCAAGGUUUGCCUUGAAGAUGGAUUAGAGCCGAUAUGUUUUGAAAAGAAUCACGACAUCGGAGGUCUUUGGAGGUUCGAAGAGAGCAAAAAGAAUGGAGCUACGGUGUACCGUUCCACGCAUGUAAAUACAAGCAAAGAAAUGAUGAGUUAUUCUGACUUUCCGCUGCCCAAAGAAUACGCCAACUACAUGCAUAACUCAUAUGUGCUCAAGUAUUACCGCAUGUAUGCAGAAAGGUUUGGGAUUUUGAAACAUAUUCAAUUCCACACCGAAGUCUUAAGCUGUGAUUUUGCCGACGAUUAUUCUAAGACGGGCAAUUGGGAGCUGAAGGUCAAGAAUUCUAAGACGGAAAAAGAGAGAACUGAGAUUUUUAACGGUGUAAUGGUAGCAGUGGGACACCACGCUGUACCGAAUUUCCCGGUCUCGGAAUUCGCAGGUUACGAAAAAUUCAAGGGUCCAAUUACGCAUAGCACAGACUAUCGCGAUUUCAAAGGAUUUGAAGAUAAGAAUGUUGUGGUCGUUGGAAUGGGCAACUCUGGGGCAGAUAUUGCUGUCGAACUGAGUUGGCACUGUCCAAAGGUGUGUCUUAGCACAAGGAAAGGGUCGUGGAUUUUCGGGCGCGUCGGUGGGAAGGGUUACCCUCUAGAUUACAAGUUCAUGACAAGAUACAACCUUUUAAGAAUGUCUAUUCUACCGGAAUCUUACACAAGAGCUGAACUAGAGGCUUCACUUAACGGUGUACUUGAUCAUGCAAACUGGGGAAUCAAACCAAAAAAUGGCCCUUUAAACCAACAUCCUCUGAUAACCUCAGCUCUACCGGAUCGUAUUUUAAACGGAUCAGUCACCAUGAAACCAAACGUUCAGCGGUUUAAAGAAGAUUCCGUGGUUUUCGUUGACGGCUCCGAAGUGAAGGCAGACGCUGUGGUGUUCGCAACGGGAUAUGUUUUCAGUUUCCCGUUUUUGAAAGACUCUCUAAUUAACUUUCGAAAUAAGACAUCAACGGACGUUUACCAAAUGAUGUGGCCGCUAUCAGUGAAACAUAACACACUUUGUAUGAUUGGACACGUACAAGCUCUUGCAACUGUCAACCCGUUGGCUGAAAUGCAGUCAAGAUGGGCGACCAGAGUUUUUAAAGGUUUAUCGAAGCUGCCGUCAGAAAGAGAAAUGCGAAACCAAGUCGAAGAAAAACACAAACAAAUGAAGAGUCAUUACUACGAAAGUCAGCGGCACACCAUUGAGGUGGACCAUAUACCGUAUAUGGAUUUUCUUGCCAAGGAAAUUGGGUGUAAACCAAAUUUAUGGAGAAUUGCUCUUACAGAUCUACCGCUGGCAAAGAAGAUGUUUUUUGAGUACUGCACUGGAUACCAAUACCGCUUAGUUGGACCGGGCAAAUGGAGUGGCGCUAGAGAGGCCAUUAUGACGCAAACAGAACGAAUGUUGCAUCCCUUAAAAUGUCUUCCUAUGCACGAAGAGAAGAAAACCGGAUGGUGGUCUUACUUUAUAGUAGUUGUAAUAGCAACGGUUAUAUACUUUGUAUUUAAUAAUUAUUACUAACAUUUGCAUAUCUGUACAAAACGUAUUCGUAAGACCUGCUGCUGCAAAUAUUGCUGAUUGAUAUUAUAAUAGCUUCGCUGCAUAUGUAUAAAUAUAACGAAACAUUAUACAGUAGGGUGGGGAAAGAUGGGACGCAUUUGGCACAUAAUAUCAAAAUAUUCUGAUCGGUUUUGAAAAACUAACAGCGGUAUAAAGUAGUCGCGAGGACACGGUAUAUAAUUCUUUGAAUGUUCUUUGUUUACUACCAAAUAGGACGAAAAAAUAGAAAGAAAAGGUGUCUCGUCUUCCCCCAUCCUACUAUAGUAUAGACAUAUAGCACAAAAUUCGAAUAAAACAAAUAUAAUAUUUGUCAUUUUUUAAAAUGAAAUGGUGUAAAUGCCUAUUGACUGUACUUAGUUUUAUGCAAAUCAUUCGCUAUGCAUCAUACAGCAUAUUAUGUAAUAUAGCGGGGUGGGGGAAGAUGGGACACCUUUAGCACAUAAUAUCUAAAUAUCCUGAUCCUGUUUUAAACAAUUACUAACGGUCAAUGGGAGUCUUGGGCAUAUAGUUUUAUAAUUUCUUGAAUGUUCUUU